AUGAGGGUCUUGGUCUUGAUUACUUGCCUACUUCGCAACUUCGUGGCUAUCAGCCUCUUCGCCGGCGUUCUCACCUCCGCUUAUCCUGGGACAUUCCUACACAAUUUACCAUCAAACCUACUGCGCAGAAGCCUGCCAGCCUCGCUUGCAACAGCACCAUUAGGUGCGGUGGGGUAUCAGCCUCCCCCAGGGCCUGUCCAUCGACCGACCACGACAACCACCAUCCCGGCCGGUGCGACAGCGUUUUCUCAGAAGUUGAGCGAGAAUGGAGGCAUUGGGGAUGCAAGCUCGGGGAAGAACGUGAUAGUCUUGGUCGGCACAGCGACGAAGAAUCAGGCCGUGCUUCAAGCAACACAGACGGCGAUGGCGGGAAGAAGUACAUUGGAAUCGAAUCUUGUCGUACUCUCGGUUGUUUUGUGCCUUUUCAUCUCGUGA